AUGUGGCAUCCGCCCGAGUUCGGCUUCGAUGGCCUUGCUCGGUCAUCGCGCCUGCCACGGCAGUCCACGCCCCCAAGCCGUUCGGCCAGGUCCAAGCUGACGGUCGACUCUCCGAGAUCUGAGGCCAGACGGCCCUCGGGAGGUCCCCCGCCCAGUCUGGACUUGGUGAAGCUGGCCACGCGCGUGCCACAGGCAUUUCCCCGGCGGCCCGGGAGUGCCGCGUCGCCACUCGCGACGCGCGGGCGCUCCUCGCCCAAACAUGUGGAGGACUUCCAGUGGACCGGCUUUCGAAGUGCCUCCCAAUGUUUGGCCGAAGAGUUGCGGCCCUCAACGCCGCCCAAGACCCCUUUGAGGUCCAACCUCCGGCGGCGACCGUCACCCCACAAGGUGUACCAGGUGGAGCUUCCGAUGCCUCGAGGCGGAGGUCGGGACGACUGGGAGAUCACUCCAUCCGACAGUGCCGACCUCGCGGGCUCCGCGGUGUCCACCGCCGUGGCUAGCCCACCCAAGGCCGCUUUUGGCGCGGGACCUGUGAACCUGCCUCCCGAAGAGGAGGAUCAGGAGCGGGACGGCCGAUGGGGGCGCUGUAGCGUGUCGUUUCACAGCUUGAAUUCCUGCCCAAAUGUGGCGGACAGAGCUCGCGCCCAAACCAAUGAGUCCUACUUCGCCGAGGUGGUGCAGCCGGGAGAGCUUCGCAUUGAGGUGGAUGUGCCUGUGCCACGUAGGCGGAGCAUUGCCACCACCACAGGCAGCGGCGGACGCUUCUCCAAACGCUCCAGUGUAGCACUCAAUGAUGUGCUUGAGGCUGAUGUGCCAAGGGGGCCCAGACUCGGUGAGUGUGGUAGCGCCCCGACCCUCGCCCGACCGGCACCAACGAAGAACGCCACAAGGUUCUCUCCAUCUUUGCGUUUGAGCCGAGAGGCCAGUUUGGCGGAGACGGAGGCGCCGGACCACGAAUCACAGGACGAAGGAGAUGAAGCUGAAACAUCCUUCAGUGAGGGCUUUGAGGAGGAGAUCAGAAGCGUUCUUCACCUACGGCGUGGGGGGGUCUCAGCUGAGGCCAAAGGGGCGUGGAACCACUUCACAUCCAGCAAGUCGUGGCCAAGCAAAGAGAAGAGCACACAGCAAGCCAAGGGUUUGAAGAAAGUGAUGAGGAGCGACAAAUGCCCUUUCACCCAACAAGUGGGCCAUGCAACUCUCGACAGCCUCGUCGAUGCCAUGGAGGUGCAAGAGUUUCGGCCAGGUCAGCAGGUGUGUCAACAAGAUGCUCAAGGUGAUUGUGCCUAUGUGAUCCUUUCUGGGAGUGUUUCGGUCUUCAAGGAGCGUGCACAUGAAGAGCGAAUCUUCGUCAGAAGCCUGGGUGCUGGCAGCUUCUUCGGCGAGGGUUCGAUGCUUUGGCGGACCCCACGCACACGGAGCGUGUACAUGGAUGAGAGAGGUCCAGCCACACUGGGCAUUUUGUACCGCGAGGCCUACCACGACCUGGUGGUGCGCAGCGAGAUCAAAGAGCGCAGUCGCAGAGAGGACUACCUACGAAGAGCCCCGGUACUGGAAACCUUGAGCGACGAGCAGAUCGCACAGAUCGCCGAUGCGCUGCAGACUGAGCAAUACGAUCCAGAUGAGGAUAUUGUCACGCAGGGCGAGCGCGGAGACAAGCUUUAUGUCAUUCUCGAGGGCACGUGUGUCGUGACUGUGAAGACUGGAACUGCCGGAGACAUUGACAUCCAGGAGCACCGGCGAAUUCAUGCAGGGGAUAUGUUUGGCGAGAAGGCGCUGCUGGAGAAUACCCGGCGCUCCGCCUCGGUGACCGCGGUGACCCAUGUGGAGGUGCUUUUUCUCAAGCGUGCGGCGUUCGAGCGCAUGCUGGAAACCAAGCGUGUGGACGCGCAUUUGCGACGCGCACGCGACGCGCAGAAGAGCAGGGAAGAUGGGGUCGCAGAACGUGAUGCCGUGAUACGGUCGGGUGCUCAAACUGAGCGCGAAGCAUUGCCAACUUUUAUCAACCAGGUGAUGAAUCUGGCCCCGCAGGUGUUUGCGGGCCGACAGCAGCAGGCGGAACGGGAGGGGAACGGCACGGACCUGAAGGCCCUUUUGGCUCCACAAUCUCCGCGCCCACGGGAAUCCGCGCCGACCGCUGGACCGCUGGAAUUCGUGCUGGUUCCCAUGGGAAGUGUGCUACAUCAGCACAGCAGUUGGAAGAUGAGAAGAGAGGGUGGCGUCUUGAGAAGGUCCAGUCUCCCUGGACGUCGCGGAAGUGUCGGGCCCAUGAAGCUGCUUUCAACCCCUGGCGCUCGCGAAGAGAUUUACCGGAGGCUUUGGUCAGUGGUAGACUCAAGCAACUGCAAGCAAGUGCUGAGGAUGAUCGCGGAAAGAAGGGAUAGCGAAUUGAUGUGCAAAGUGCUGACGCUGUUGGACUGGAAGGCGUUGGACCCAGCUUGCUACACCAUAGCGAUUGCGACUUGUGGAGCUGGGAGUGAGUGGCAUCGGGCGUGCAGGCUGUUGGCGUCCAUGCCCGGACACCAGGUUCAGCCUAACAUGAUCCACAUCAAUGCCGGCAUUUCUGCGUGCGCGCCAGGCCAGCAGUGGCUGUUGGCCCAGUCACUUUUCUCCCGGCUUCCAGCGCCUGACGCAGUGAGCUUCAGUGCAACCAUGAGCGCCAUGAAUGGCGGACAAUGGGUCCGGACCGUCGGCCUCUUCAAGGACAUGCCCUUCGCACGUCUUCUGCCCGAUGACGUAUGCUUCAACGCAGGCAUCAGUGCUUGCGAGACUGGGGCGUGGCAGGCGGCUUUGAGCGUUCUCCAGGCCAUGUCCCAGGCUCUUCAGCCCACAGUCAUCAGCUUCAGCGCUACCAUGAGCGUCGGGGAAAAGGCCUCACGCUGGGCUCUAGCCUUGGCCUUGUUGAGCUGCAUGCGCCCGCAAGAGAUUCGACCCAAUCACGUGAGCUUCAAUGCGGUGACCAGUUCUUGUGCCAGUGCCAGACAGUGGCAGCAGGCGAUGCAAGAAUUCAAUGCGCUUGGUGCCGCCUUUCUUCAACCGAAUGUCAUCACCUGUACCGCUGCCAUGAGCGCAUGUGAGGGCUCCCACUGGCCAAUGGCCUUAAGCCUGUACACCGCUGGCCACUCCACCUACGAGCCGCUUUCCGCGCAGCCCGUGGGUGCUCCGCGGGACGCGGAGCUGCGGAAUGUGCUGCUGGCGGUGAUGCGUUGGGACAGGGCCUUAUGCUUGGUGGAGGAGAUGAAGGAGGGCCAGUUGGAGCUGAAAGUCGUCAGCUUCAGUGCGCUCAUGAAAGCCUGCCAGAGAGCUGAGCGGUCAGAGUUGGCCUUGAAGCUCUUCGCAUCGUUGGCGUCAGUUCAGCUUGAUGUGAUCAGCUUCAACACGUCCAUCUCAGCAUGUCAGCAAGGUGGACGCUGGCAGCAGGCAUUGUCCUUCCUGGGAUCCAUGGCUCCGGCUGAGUUGAAACCUGGUGUCACUACCUUUGGUGCCACAAUGACUGCCUGUGAGAAGGCCGGACAGUGGCCACAGGCGUUGCUGAGCUGGUGGGUUGGACCAACUGGUGGGUUAGACCUCUGCCAAUCAGGAAACAUCGCGAUGAAGGCUUCAAUCAUCGCUCCAUCAGACUCCCAAAAAGCGAAACACGAAACGACCUGCGGUGGUUGGGUGCGGCGCAAUGGUGCGGCUCAUGCUUCCUGUAGGCUUUGUUCGUUUGUUCAGCUCGAAGUAUGGUGCGCUGAGCCAUUUCCAGCUUUCUUUCCUUGCGGAACGCGUCUUUUCACUCCCAGAAUCGCCCACAUGAGUUGA